UCGACAACGGCAAAUGACGUUUCCACUCGCACACGUGCGCAGAAGUUAAUUAAUGGAUUAAACGUGGUGAAGGUAGAAGACCGCACGUUCUGAUGUGUCGUGAGAGAGGCAGAUUUUUAACACAUACGAGUUGAAAAGAAAAAAGUAAAAGAGAAAAAUAAAAUCACAAUAUAUAUCAAAACGUUCAUUUCCGUGUUGACUGCCGGCAACAAGGAAAUUCAUGAAUGCAGAGUAGAAGGCGAUCGAGAUCGUAAACAAGAAGAAAAUGAGCUCUGGCGAUUACAAAAGUAGCGAGAACGAGGAUAUCGAAAAUUCGGAUGAAAGCGACAGGCCGUCUGGCGAGAGAUGGGCGCCCGUCGGUGCAAACGAUGGCGACGAUUUUCCCGACGAGUACAAGUAUAUCGAAGUGGAGAAGUUCAGUUUCGUUUGAGACAAAUUGUGGAUGCACCAGCGAACGAAAAGGAAACGUUGCUCAAAGAAUUAGAAGAGUUCGCUUUCAGAGGAAUACCAGACGUUCCAAAUAAUUUAUCAUUUGAUAGUAGAUCAAUUACACCAACUUCUCCAAUGUCCUGCAAGCAAAGCAUAUCUGGAGUAAUAAAUGAUGAUGUUGAAUCUAAAGUGGCAUUACAAAGAACAAAACAAAAAGAAUUAAUAUGUCAACUGAAAUCUCAGUUAGAAGACUUAGAAAAGUAUGCCUAUGAAACUGGUAAUGCCGAUUUACCACAAAGUAUGAUAUUAGAAAGACAGAAUAUUAUAAUCAAUUGUUAGCCCUUUAAAAAUGAAAGAACAGUUAGUAUCCCAACUGAAAACACAAAUUGCAGAUUUGGAGCGUUUUAUAAAUUAUCUUCAAGGAGAAGUCAGUACAGAAACUUUAGCUUGCACCUGUGCGUGUCCAGUGCAUACGAGUGGUUCUGCUGGUUCUACUUCAUAUGCUAAAAAGUCGUACAAUAGAAAAACAGAGGAGGAAAAUAGGACGAAAACUUUGAACACUGUAAAAAAGGUCGUAGCUCUAUUGCAUAUGUUCCUAGUAUCUCAGUUAGGGUGUGGUAGUGAACGAGUUCGAAGAAACUUUAAAAAAAAAUCUGUACAUAAUUGGCGCGAUUUACGAACAAGAUUGGACAUUGCUGUCGAACAUGUUAUAGAAACUAUUGCUGAAACUGAGCGUCACCCAGAAGAUGAUGAUAUUGCUAAUGAAAACGAUUAUGCCUCAGAUUCAGAUUCUAUGUCACAUUGCAAUGCUAGAAUAACAACUGCUGUAAGGAAGCAUCUAGCAACUUCCAUACGUGAUUUAAUACAACACGGUUUAAUGUCUGAUGCGCGUUCCAGUAGUGUUGUACCAUUCGUAGGAUGUUUUCCUCAAAGAAAUUCUUCUACUUCUAAUUUAAUGCAUGCAUGGGAACUGAUAUUGAAGUAUUAUGAAAUUAAAAAUGGUCACCGUUACAAUUCUAGUCCGGCACAAAAGUUAUCCCAAAGUUUCAAUCUUGAUCUAGCAGGUGGGAGGGUUGUUUCUUCUAAACAGGUUUCCAAGAUGCAUUCCAUACUCUUGAUCGUCUUACCAACUAUAGAUUUGAUUUACCAGUUGACUUGGCGGUACGACAAUUUCAGAAUAUAAAAGACGCAUUUUGAUUGCAAAAAAUGAUCAUAUGUACAAGGAGAUACAGGUACUUGUAGCAAACAAGACAAAAUACCAAAUACUGCAAUUACAUAAAUAACAAACGAUGUAUUUUAACUUUACAUUGACAUCAUAAUAGUAUAUUAUUUUUUUAUAAUUUUCAAGUAUUAACUUGCAAAAAAUAUUCCUUCGUCAUUUUUUGAACAAUAACUUUUUAUUUAUUAAACGAGUUUUAUCAUGCAAUAAUAUAGAUGUAGUGACUUAAAGUAUCAGUAUUUUAGACUUAAAUUUUUCAAAUUUAGGUUUUUAAUUAGUUUAUUUUGAAAGUAUAAAAUAUUUUAAUGCACGUAAAGAGAAAAAAGUGAUCGCAUGAUGCAUGAAAAACUAUCAAUGACGAUCUUAUGAUAUAAAAUGCAGUACAGGUUAUAAUAUAAUUCUGCCUGAUAUAAUAUGGACUGAAAUAUAUUUACAUAUUAUUUAGUUCUUUUGAACUGCAUUUUUAGACAUUGCACAUUCUUGGUAAAUUAGUAAAUUUAAAAUACUAGAACUUUUGUUUACAUAAAUUAAAAAAUAAUCUCGUAAAUUUAAAACGAAUUUAUAAAAUUGAAGAACGUGGUUUUCACUAUGAUUAAACUUAAGAUCUUAAUACUAAAUUUUAUCACAAAAGGUAAACGAAGUCAUGUUACUUCACAUUAAGAAUUAAUAUUUAUGAAAACCAAAAAUUGUUUUUAGCACUCUAUAAUUGCAAUAAGUUAUUUCUCUGAUUUCUUUUUAAUUUUAGUAUCAUUUUACACGUUACAGUUAAUAGAUACAUAAUUUUAUAGUGAUAUAUCCGUGAAGCGGUAACUACAUCUAAUAACGAUGUACUUCGAUGUUGCAAUAUAUUGUCAAUAUUUUAUCUCUGUUGCAUUUUAUAGAAUUUUAUAAUUGAUUUAUAUAUAGUGUAAAUGUUUAGUUAAUUAUAAAGAAAAAAGUAUUUUUUGUAGUAUAACUAGUUGAAAAAAGAAGCGUCAUAUCAUGUUUUUCUAUAGCAACAAAUUAUUAUUUCUAAUUUUAUGAAUAUUAUUUUAUAAGGAAAACGUAUAAAUUUCGAAAUAUGCAUCUUAUAUAUGGAACAUAUGUUUUCAAGUAGAAAUUUACUGGAUAUGCAUAUAUGCAGAUAUACACUAUUGUAUCGCCUACAUGAGAUAUUUCACGUAUAAGGUAGUUUUAAAAAUGUUAAUGUAUUAUACAAUAUAAAUAUCUGCUUUUUAUAUACAUAAUAAUGAUUUGGCGUGAGUUUAUUGAAAAAAAUAUGCGAAAAUAUAUUUAUGGAGCAAUGUACUUGAUUUUGUAAUUCAUUAUCCUGAUGUUUCAUUCUUCAUAGAAAUAAAGAAAAGAAACUAUGGAAUAUA